AUGGGUGUCAAAGCCGGCUCCGUCAUAAACCGCCUCCUCUACGACAAAGCCCACCUCACCAAACCCUCCCACCCAUCCGAAGCCAAAGCCGCCACCGCCGCCAUCCUCUCCCACCUCUCUUCCGGCCACCUCCGCAAAGCCGUCUCCCUCCUCUUCUCCACCCCAUUCCCCUUCCACUUCUCCCUCUACUCCCACCUCUUCCACCUCUGCUCCUCCUCCCGCUCCCUCCUCGAAACCCGCAAGCUCGAGUCUCACCUCGUCACCUUCUCCCCAACUCCUCCCAUCUUCCUCCUCAACCGCACCAUCGAGUCCUACGCCAAAUGCGGGUCCCUCGGAGACGCACGCGAGUUGUUCGACGAAAUGCCCCAGCGAGACGGCGGGUCCUGGAACGCCAUGAUCAAAGCGUAUUCGCAAGGCUCGCGCCCCGAGGAGGCUUUGGGGACGUUUUUGGAGAUGAAUAGGGCCGGGUUCUUGCCGAAUGAGGUUACUUUCGCGAGUGUGAUAGGCUCGUGUGGUGCGGUUUUGGAGGUUUGGGUGGCGAGGCAGGUGCAUGGGCUUGUUGUCAAGUAUGGUUUUGGCGGGAAUGUGAUUUUGGGGAGCUCGCUUGUUGAUGUGUAUGGGAAGUGUGGGGAGAUGGGGGAUGCGAGGAGAGUGUUUGAGGAGAUUGAGGAGCCGAAUGAGGUUUCGUGGAAUAUAGUUGUGAGGAGGUAUCUUGAGAUGGGGGAGGGAAUGGAGGCGGUGAUGAUGUUUGUUAGGAUGCUUGUGGCGGGGGUAAGGCCGUUGAGUCAUACAUUUUCGAAUGCACUUGUGGCGUGUUCGAGUUGUUUUGCGCUUGUGGAGGGGAAGAGGGUACAUGGAGUUGCGGUUAAAAUGGGGUUUGAGGAUGAUGAGGUUGUCUCGAGCUCGCUUAUUGAUAUGUAUGUGAAAUGCGGGAAGCUAGGUGAUGCGCAUGCGAUUUUUGACCAGCCACAUUUGAAAAACUUGAUUUCUUGGACUUCAAUUGUUUCCGGGUAUGCUAUGAGUGGACAAACGUCGAAGGCGAGGGCUUUGUUCGAUGAGAUGCCUGAACGGAAUGUGAUAUCUUGGAAUGCAAUGUUGGCAGGGUAUACUCGUUACUUCCAAUGGGAAGAGGCUUUGAAUUUUAUAUUUUUGAUGCAGAAUACCACUAGAGAUAUUGACCAAGUCACUCUUGGGUUGAUCCUGAAUGUAUGUGCUGGCCUUUCAGAUGUUGAAAUGGGGAAACAGGUUCAUGGAUUCAUUUACCGACAUGGAUAUUGUUCCAAUCUGUUUGUUGGAAAUGGUCUUCUCUACAUGUAUGGUCAAUGUCGUAACAUGAGAAAUUCCAAAACAGUUUGGUUUCACCAGAUUAGUCCAUCACGGGAUACAGUUUCUUGGAAUAGUUUGUUGACAUGCUAUGCUCAACAUCAUCUUAGUGAACUGGCUAUGAUCAUCUUCUAUGAGAUGCAAUGUGAGACAACACCUAACGAGAUUACAUUUGCAACUCUACUGUCAGUAUGCGCAAAUAUUUUUGCACUUGAGCAAGGCAAACAAAUUCAUGGUUUCAUGAUUCGAAAUGGUUACAUUAUAGAUACCGUGGUCAGAGGGGCUUUGGUUGACCUGUAUACCAAGUGUCGUUCUAUUAAGUACGCUUUUAAGGUUUUCAAUGGAGGGACUUCAAGAGAUGUGAUUCUUUGUAACUCCUUGAUUUUGGGAUGCUGUCGCAGUAAUAGAACGAGACAAGUACUUAAAUUGUUUCAUUUGAUGAAGGAUGAAGGAAUUAAGCCGGACCAUAUUACAUUUCGAGGCAUUUUGUAUGCUUGUACUUGUGAAGGUCUUGUUGAGUUGGGAAAGCAGUAUUUUGAAUCAAUGAGCACCGAUUAUGGUAUUGUACCUAGACUAGAGCACUAUGAGUGCAUGAUUGAUCUCUACAGCCAGUGUGGGUACAUGGAUGAGCUUGAAAGUUUUGUAAGGACCAUGCCAUUUGAUCCCACAGUCCCAAUGUUAACAAGAGUAGUGGAUGCAUGUAAAAGACAUGGAUGCUUGCGAUUUGGAAAGUGGGCUGUUCAACGACUUAAUAACUAGUCCAUCUGGUUUAUAACUCUUUGGAAUAAUGGUUAAGAGCCAGGUGAUAGUGAACGCCAAAUUGCAUAUUCAAAAUCUUCAUAACGAAGGAGGUACGCUACUUGAUUGAUUGUGCAGAUCC